UACAUUUGGCUGAGAUUGGAGCAGGGUCACGUUCGCUGUUCGCAUGAGGGAGGGCCGUAUAUGAACCACAGAACAGAAGCAUCAAGAGCCAAACUUUCUCUCUCCGCUCAGAGAAAUCCAAUAGAAUAGUAAUAAAGAAAUUAUCUUCUCAGAUCGGAUAUUUUUCUUUGAAGAAAUUCAAUUUAGUUAAAGCGAAAUGUCGGGUUUCAGCGGCGAUGAAACCGCUCCUUUCUUUGGCUUCCUCGGCGCUGCAGCCGCCCUCGUAUUUUCCUGUAUGGGAGCUGCUUACGGAACGGCGAAGAGCGGGGUAGGUGUGGCGUCGAUGGGUGUUAUGAGGCCGGAGCUGGUGAUGAAGUCGAUCGUGCCGGUGGUCAUGGCUGGUGUUUUGGGUAUAUACGGUCUCAUCAUUGCAGUCAUCAUCAGCACCGGGAUUAACCCUAAGGCCAAAUCCUAUUACCUCUUCGAUGGCUACGCACAUCUUUCAUCUGGUCUCGCUUGCGGCCUCGCUGGCCUGUCUGCCGGUAUGGCUAUUGGAAUCGUCGGUGACGCCGGUGUUAGAGCAAAUGCACAACAGCCAAAGCUUUUUGUUGGGAUGAUCCUUAUUCUAAUUUUUGCUGAAGCACUCGCCCUAUAUGGUCUCAUCGUCGGCAUCAUCCUCUCCUCCCGAGCUGGUCAGUCAAGAGCUGAAUGAAUGUGCACAUUCUUCUGUUGUAUGCUUGUGUGGUUUGUUUCCAUCAAGCGAUAAGUGUUUUUUACUACAGACUCUUGUUGGUGAGGGAGGGGAGGGGGGUUGUCUUAGCAUCUGUCAGGGAGUUGCAUACUAUGGUGCUAGGAUGUAGAAUUAGAAAUUAGUUUGUCCUCUUAUAAGUUUACUACUUCAUCUAUGUGAUUGUGCAUUAUCCGGAUUUAAUUAAACUUGUCGAAUUUAAUUAAACUUGUCUAGAGAUAUUGACUUUA